AUGAUGGAUCUAAAAUCAAUGCUCAAUGACUCUUCCAACCAACGACAACCACCACGAUUGCACACACCUCACUCUUCCUAUGAUCACGCAGUCUCCAUCACAAACGCAAGCGCAAACUCCGUUCCCAACGACCCUCAUUCCGAUCGUCCAUCAUCUUACCCUCCACCUAUCCCAUCCUCCGACUACAGACAAUCCGCGAACGGCUCCUAUUUCAACCUGCAGUCGCCUCAUCAACAACACUCCGCCUCUGCGCCGGCGUCCACCCCAACUAUAGCACACCAACCCAUCUUUGCGCAAAGCCCAGGGCCCCAUGGUCCUGUUCACACCCCUAGAGAUAGCAACCCUCCACCCCAUCAGUAUCACCCUGCCUUUGUUCCUUCACCAUCCAAUUCCGCACAUUAUCCUCCCACACCAGGCUCCGCCCACCACCAGCAAACACCCUCUACGGCCUCUACAUAUCACCACCCAGGUGGUCCCUCUGCUUUUAAUCUCCAGUCUCCCAGAGAGGAAAUAACGGUCACGAAUGGCCACGCGCAUUCCAACUCGCGUAACAUCUCACCUCACGCUCAGUUUCAUCCAACUCCGGCCACACCCCUCGGACCUCCUGUGACUUAUCCACGACCAUCUCCCCACGCACACCGACCGAUUUCACAAGGACAGGAGAGUUAUAGGAGGCUUUCCGUCGGAUCAGUUGGAUCAAGCCACAGCAGGGAAUACAGCCAGUCUGGUGUUGUGGCUCCUCAGCCAACCCAUUCUCGUAGCGGAAGCAUACAAAGAACAUUUUCCGGGGACGUGCGGGAAAGAGAAAGAAGUAUUGAGAGUGUCAGUCCAAAGACAAUCCCAAAAGCUCCUCCCAAGAAACAAAGACAGACCAGCACAGGUCGAUAUUCCGACGUUCCAGUCGACAUCUACCACGGUGCGCCUUCGCAGCCUGUCUUUGCUCCGAACGUGAGUGCGACGGCACAAAGCACACCCGAUAGAGUUCUGGACGUUCUACACAACGACGCUACACCCAAGUCUUCUUCAGCUUCGGUCGAACCAAAAGGUCCUCCACCAUAUCAACCUGCUCGACCAAGUCCUGGCGCAGGUCCAACAAACAACAUGACGCCAUUGUCGGUACAUUCCCCUCUUUCUCAGCAGAUGAAUUCGCCAGCAGCAACACAAACCAGCCUAAAGCGCAAUGCAAGCCAUCUCUCCAGCGUACCAAGCACCCCUCAACCGCCAAGAAAACGUCCCCGGCCCAACAUGAAUGAGUUCCCCAUUUGGGCAGAGAGUGCUCGUGACCGACCCGUAAAAUUCAUUCGAGCCCGACCGCCAGCACAACCGGUCCAGGGCUCGGGAGGAUCCAUGGCGCCUGCAUCAGUACAAGGAGGACCACCACCGGGAUCUCACAUGAAAACCGAAGCGCUUGUCAAGCAAGAGACACAAACGCCUCACGUGAUGAAUGGUCAAGGAAUGGGAGCUCACAAUCCGGACGAAUCUCGAUGGGAAGUAUCGAUCACCACGGUAACACCAUACGAAGACCUCACCAAGAAAGUCUGUGACUGGAUUGUACAUUGGUUACUCAACGCAACACCACCUUCGAAUGGGGCAAUGUUCGAAAUCGAGGCCAAGGUCGGUGCUAUCUUCGACGAACAAACAGGACUACGACUUCAGCUGCCAGUCGAUACCGAAACCGUUUUUCUUCGCGACAAAUGGCGGGGCAGAACAAGCUUUAAAAGUUCGAUGAAUAUUGCUCAACACCAGCAGAUCAAUGCGUUUCUCAAUGGACUUGUUCAAGAGUCGAUGCGAGAAGCUCAACAUUCAGACCGCGCUGUAAUAGGAUACAGCCAUCCACAUGAGUAUGAUGAGUUCUAUGAGCUGAACGAAGAAGGCAAGAGAAAUCUACCGCAAGCGAUUGUGCACUACAUGAACCCUCGACACAAAGCUCGGGUACGGAGAACAAUCGACGAAGAAACUCGACAGGUCAAGGCACAAAUAAUCAAGUCACGAAUUGCGGAUCUGGAAGUCUACAAUCCUCAGUCGGACUUUGAUUACCGUAUUUCCAUCAGCAUUGAAAGUCCAUGGGAGGGAGAUCCUAACUGGCUGUCUGAGAUGACUGAAGAGAGCCGUGGCCGUCAGAAGGACCGGAUGAGCUAUCGACAUAUGGCAUAUCAGAUUGAUUUGACCCAAGUCAGCUAUCAACACACCACAGAGAAGGAACACGAGUUGGAGGUGGAAAUCAGCACAGAGAUGGUACGGCGAGAAUUGGACAACUUGAAAAUGCAGCGACCCAAUCGGUAUGAACCGCUGAUCCGAGGACUCAUCGACAACAUGAGGAUUUUGUGUCGAAGAGCAACAAUGAUCAGACCAAGAUGA